UGCAUUUAGGUUUCAAUCUGGUGGUGCAACUGUUGGUAGGACUUCCUUUAGAAAUGGUCCACGGUUCGGGACGUGUAGCUCUAAUUUAUAUAGCAGGUGUAGUGGCAGGAUCACUUGGUACCUCAGUCUUUGACAGCGAUGUCUACCUCGUAGGCGCAUCUGGAGGUGUCUAUGCCCUUCUUGCAGCUCAUUUAGCCAAUGUUCUCCUCAACUACAACAACAUGCAGUGUGGUAUAUUGAGGCUUCUAGGAAUAUUUGCAAUAGCCUCUUGUGAUGUUGGGUAUGCGAUUUAUUCGCGAUACGCGAUGGAAACGAUGGGUCCUGCCAUUUCUUACGUGGCGCAUCUUACGGGGGCACUGGCAGGUCUAACGAUAGGUCUUCUGGUGUUGAAAAAUUUCGAACAAAAGCUUCACGAGCAGCUCCUGUGGUGGAUUGCUUUGGGUGUGUACGCGGCGUGCACAAUUUUCGCAAUUCUCUUCAAUAUUAUGAAUCCUAGCCCCGAUAACGUACAAAAUGUUGGAGAUGGAGUAAAUACGCAAUAUGUUUAUAAUCGGUUUGGAGUCUAACGAAUGUUAUUUUAUUUUUCCCUUGUUAGUCAUCUAUCUCAAAGCCGUAUUUUCCUGUCGUUUUCCCAUAAGUCGUGUAAAUAGAAAAAUUAUAUUUAUUUGUUAAGUUAAGUCAUUUAAAUGCAUACCAGUUUCCGUAUUAAGAAAAGAAAGAAUAAUGAAGCAAACUUUGGCUAUGGUUUAUUUUUUCAAAAAUUGCGAAAUGCGCGUUAUUUUACAGUAUUUAAAAAAAUAUUAUGAUGAAUCGAUCUGAGCUUUUGUAAAAUUAUUUAUGUAUUACGUUAACUUGUGGUAUUAUUUUGAAUGUUGGCAUGAUAGCCGAGACUGAUAAAUAUCGAUUUUGGAAAUUGUCGUUUAGAGUUAAAAAGAAUUAAUAUUUUUUCAUUGUGUAAAAGUGUUCGUUCGUGAGUUAUUAGGAUGAUAGAAGUUUUUGUUGUAAAUAUAUUCCGAAUGUAUAUAUACUAAGUCGCGAUUUAUAUUUAUUAUUUAUAUUGAUGCCAAAGACUGAAAAAAAACAAGCAUAAAUGUCUUUAUUUAUUACCAUUAUUCCUGUAUAAAGAAGCUGCUGACAAGUAUAUGCAUAACUACAUAUUUCUAUUUAGUGCUUGUAAAAAAUAUCACUUUUAGGUAAAUUUUUAACAAGUCUCUCUGAUUGUGUAGACAUUUUUUGUUAUCAAUAUUUUUAUGUUUAAGUUUCAAAACAUAAAGCAAUUAAAUAGAUAAUGUUUAGAGACACAAUAAAUUGCAUUUUUAAGUUAUUAUUAUGAGUAAAAGGUGUAGUAGAGUUUCUUUCGGUCUUUAAAAAGGUUUGCCAACAGCUUCUUUGUUUUUUGAGUUCUUUUUUUGUGUCGUUAACGUUUACAAUGCAAGGUAAUGAUAUGUUAAGAUGAGAUGGUUGUAAAUGAAUGUUAGUAUAAAAAAAUAACGUAUGAGUGAUAUUAUUAAGCUAGUCAUACGUAUAUUAAAAAUGAGAAGCCUACCAAAGAAUACUAGUUGACUUUAUACACAGAUGGCCUUAUACAGUAACAGUAGUUAUAUUUUUCACAAAGAACACGAUAAAGUCGUAUUUUUACAUCACACACUCAGGUAGAAUUUUCACUUUUUUUUAUUACGAACAGAACUGAAGUAGUUUAGACUAGACAUAUAUUCCAUUUGUUACUAAAUUUCUUGUUCGAUUUUUGUCACAGUCUUUAUUAACUAUUAAAAGUUCAGUAAGAAAAUAAAUUAUACUUGAAGCAA